AGAAGAAGAGGAACGUCAAAGUGCGGCGUCGUUUCUUACAGAAGUAGGAGCUGGCGAUGCCUGGAUUUGAUCUUUCAGAUAUUUUGCUCGUUUGAUCUGUGAAUGGCGCCGAAACAGGACCCUAAACCUAAAUUUCAAGAAGGUGAAAGAGUGCUGUGUUUUCAUGGGCCAUUGCUCUACGAAGCUAAGUGUGUUAAAAUAAACAUCAAGGACAAGCAAAUCAAAUAUUUCAUUCAUUAUAGCGGGUGGAAUAAAAAUUGGGACGAAUGGGUUCCUGAAAGCCGAGUGCUUAAGUAUGUGGACAGUAACCUGCAGAAACAGAAAGAGCUUCAGAGGGCUAAUCAAGACCAUUAUGUAGAGGGAAGAAUGAGGGGGGUAGCACCGAAUAAGAAGAUACCCGCUGCGUCGCAGAAAAGUGAUGUAAAAAACAAAAAGAACAAACAGAAGGCUCCAGGGGCAGGAGAAGGGACCAGUUCAGGGGGAGACCCAUCCCAUCCUCCAAGGAAAAAGAGGGCACGUGUUGACCCAACUGUCGAAAGUGAGGAGACUUUCAUAAAUCGGGUUGAGGUGAAAGUAAAAAUCCCAGAAGAGCUGAAACCAUGGCUUGUGGAUGACUGGGACCUGAUCACACGGCAAAAGCAGCUUUUCCACCUGCCAGCCAAGAAGAAUGUCGAUUCAGUUCUUGAAGAUUAUGCAAGCUACAAGAAAUCAAGAGGAAACUCUGACAGCAAGGAGUUUGCUGUGAAUGAAGUGGUUGCUGGCAUUAGGGAGUAUUUUAACGUCAUGCUGGGGACACAGCUUCUCUACAAAUUUGAGAGGCCACAGUAUGCAGACAUCCUGGCAAACCACCCAGAUACAUCCAUGUCUCAGAUCUACGGCGCCCCUCACCUGCUCAGACUCUUUGUGAGAAUCGGAGCUAUGCUGGCGUACACGCCCCUGGAUGAGAAGAGCCUAGCACUUCUGCUCAGCUACCUGCAGGACUUCCUCAAGUACCUCGUGAAAAACUCUGCAUCACUUUUCAACGCAAGCGACUACGAAGUAGCCCCCCCGGAGUACCACCGCAAAGCAGUUUAAGGCUCAUCGUUUUUAGGGGAAUUGGUUUGUCUGUUGAUUUUUUUUUUUUUUUUUUUUUUUGGGCGGAGGAAGUUGUAACCUGUUUUUAAAGGAAUGCGAUUUCACACCAAGCCCAUUGAGAGCAGGUCACGUGGGGUCUUUUGUUAACCAUUGAGACAUGUUUAUGAGAAUCGGUCCACGAAAGAAAGACUAAUCCCUGGACAGUUAUGUUCUUUUAUAAGGAAAGCUGCUAGAGUCGCUGUUUCCUGUAUUUGGUAUGUUCUUGAGUACCACUUUUUAAGUUUCCGUUCACUUGUUUAGUGAGGUGUUUACCCAGAUCUUUUUGAGAAAGAAUUUUAUGUUUUCGUUGGUUUUUGCCCCCCCCCCUCCCAGUGUUGGCUGGAGUUGUUUUGUUGACUGUUGACAUUUUAUAAUAAAAGGGUUUUUUUCCAU